GAAGCAGUUAGAGAACUUUCAUAUGAAUUAUUUCAUAAUUAUAAGCAAAUAAGUGAUACCGAAAUAAAAGUGCAACUUAAAAAUAAGUUAGAAAAUAAUAAAGAUUGUGCAGAACACUUGCACCUAUUAGAAGAAAAAGGAUUUUCAUUCAAUAGAUUGUAG